GUGCUGACAUCGGCUUGCUUUCAAGGUCAACUUCUAGUUUCUAGGUAGUUAUCGCUAGCUGCCUUGAUCGUUAGUUAUCAAACGCGGCUCAUUUGCCUCAGGCCCAAUUCGUCGUCUCUCGUUUCCAAGAAGAGCAAAAUCAUUGGAGUUGUAAAAUGUCACUCAAUUCAGAGAGGUUUCCUCUGACUUCUGGACUCAGGAAUAAAAACAAUGAAAAUGAUGGAUUCAAGGUUAUUUUUGUUUGCUUUGUAGUUUUCAGCAUUGCAAUCACUGUUGCACUUAUUGUGCAGAUCCAUUAUGGAGAACCAGAGAUUGUGCCACACGCCGCGGUCUCGUCCGACCACCAGACGUGCUCUAGCAUCGGCUCGACGCUGCUGCGGCACGGCGGCUCGGCGGUGGAUGCCGCGGUAGCCGCCACCCUCUGCAUGACGGUGGUCCACCCACACACCUGUGGUCUGGCGGGCGGAGGCUUCAUGCUGAUCCACGACCACGCGCACAACCAGUCUUCCGUUGUGGAUUUCCGCGAGUCGGCGCCGGCGGGCACGGACGGCGCGGCGGCGGCGGCGCGCACCGGAGCCCUCUCGGCCGCCGUACCGGGCCUGCUGCGCGGUCUGCAGCUGGCCCACGCGCGGCACGGCCGGCUCGCCUGGUCGACGCUGGUGCAGCCGAGCGCCCAGCUGGCGCGCGCUGGCACAGCGGUCAGCGCGCAGCUGGCGGCCGCGCUGGCCGCCCACCUGACUGCGGCCGAGGCGCAGGCGUCGCCGGGGCUGGCGCCGCUGGUGGCCGGCGGGCAGCUGCUGACGGCUGGGCAGCAGCUGGUGCAGCAGCGGCUGGCGGACACCCUGGACCUGCUGCAGGUGCACGGGGCCGACGCGCUGUACAACGGCGUCCUGACCUCUGAGGUCAUCACGGCAUUGACCAGCGCUGGCGGAGUUUUAACUGCCGAGGACCUGUCCGGCUACCAGCCCUUGGAGGUGGAAGGCAUGCUUCGGGACUUUGGCGAGUACUCUGUGCUGACCGCGCUGGCGCCGUCUGCCGGGCCCGCUCUGCUCGCCGCCCUCGAGCUGGUCUCCCGUCUCAACAUCACCACCUCUACACCCGCGGCCGCGCGCUACCACCGGGUGACCGAGGCGCUCCGUCUGAGCAUGCAACGGUUCGCACUGCUUGGGGACCCGCUCUCCACGCCCGCUGUGGCGAACGACACGGCAGAGAUGCUCUCCGACGCCGUGCUGACGGAACUGAGCCGUAUGGUCACCGAUGGGAGUCUGGUUAACGACAGCGUCCUACCGGCCCUGGACACACCGGCCGCCACGCAUGUGUCCGUUAUCGAUGAUGACGAGCUCUAUGUCAGCGUUGUUAGUGGCCUGGGCUCGUACUUUGGCUCCAAGUUCAGCACUGCGGGCGGCAUCCUGUUCAGUAACGCCAUGUCGGCCUUCUUCGACCCGGCGCUGACCCCAGAGGGCACCUCGAACGUGCCGGAGGGCGGCCGGAGACCGCUGGCCACCUUCUCGCCGGCCAUACUCAUGUCACCGAAGGUCUGCGGCCGCCGGGUAGUGACGGGUGGCAGCGACGCCACGCUGCUAGCCCAGGCUGUGCUGCGGCUGACUGACCCAGCGCUCAACAUCACCACGUCGCUAGAGGCUCCGAGGCUGCACACUGCGCCUGACUCGGUCCAGCUCGGCUUGGAAGCCGACCGGCCGAUGCGUGUCCCGGAGCCGGUCCUGCAGCAGCUGAGACAGCUCGGUCACACCACUGUCGACGAGCCGCUGCCGUACCCGAGCUGUAACGCCAUCACCAAGCUGUACGACCAGCUGAGCUCCCACGCCGACUCGCGCGGCGGAGGCACCGCCGUCCGGUUCUGAGGGGGUGGAGAGGGAGGAACGCGACCGGUGGUGCUCGGAAGGACUGCUGGAGGAGGCAGGAGAGAGUGAGAGAGUGGCGGAGAGGGCGAGGGGAGGUCGGAUCAAGACUCGACUCGGAGAGGAAUGAGGAACGGUUCAGCCAGCGGCCUCUGGCGCCCAGCGAGCGGCGGCAAGGUCGGAGUGUCUUCCAAAGACGUCUUCCAACGGUGAUCAAAUGAAUCUCUGACGGAUUAUACACUCAACGAGUUUAGCUGUGUCAUUCCGGCGUUCCCGUGUGUGUUUGCAAUUGUGAUAUGUUGUUUUGUGUUCCUUGCUGUUGCAUGCAACAAAUUAUUUUAUUGUGUAUUUAUUUUGUUUUGAAAGAGAAUGCAGGCAUGCAUUUUUUAAACUGCUUUAAUGAUCAAGAGUACUAAGCACGAGCUUGUGCAUCUGUUGCCCAUGUGUUUUUCUAAGGACGUGAAAUCAUUGUGGAAAUUAUUGACUCGCCUGAGAAAUGUGGUAGUUUCGGUGCUUUUCUGCAUUGCCUGGAAUAGUUUAUCCAAACCUUAGAUCAUCCUAUGGUACUCUUCAUUGGUAAGCGCAGUUUUGCCGCUUUGAAGCGCUUUUUAACAGGUGUGAAAAUCAAAGAGCAGCUAUUUUAGAUCAAAGCUUCUAUACUUUCACUACUUGCAGUCAUUUUUUUCGUUGUUAUGUUUUGUUUAGCCGUUACUGAUUUCAUGUUUUUAAUGGUGCUCCUGAAGUUUAUUGUGUUGGUGUGGGGAUUUGGAGUACAAUACAUUAUACAGGCUAAUGAG